AUCAUGGAGGAGGCUGCGGAAGAGAGUCUGAAUCCCAGCUGUAAGAUCAUGACCUUCAGACCUUCCAUGGAAGAGUUCCGGGAUUUUAACAAAUACCUUGCCUAUAUGGAGUCCAAAGGAGCUCAUCGAGCAGGUCUUGCAAAGGUGAUUCCUCCUAAGGAGUGGAAGCCAAGGCAGUGCUAUGAUGACAUUGAUAAUUUGCUUAUUCCAGCACCAAUCCAGCAGAUGGUCACCGGGCAGUCCGGACUGUUCACUCAGUAUAACAUACAGAAAAAAGCUAUGACUGUUCAGGAGUUCAGGCAGCUGGCCAACAGUGGCAAAUAUUGUACUCCAAGAUACUUGGAUUAUGAAGAUUUGGAACGCAAAUACUGGAAGAACUUAACUUUUGUGGCACCUAUUUAUGGAGCAGACAUUAAUGGGAGCAUAUAUGAUGAGGGUGUGGAUGAAUGGAACAUAGCUCGCCUAAAUACAGUCUUGGAUGUGGUGGAGGAGGAGUGCGGUAUUUCUAUUGAAGGUGUAAAUACCCCUUAUCUCUAUUUUGGCAUGUGGAAAACCACAUUUGCAUGGCACACCGAGGAUAUGGACCUCUACAGCAUCAAUUAUCUCCACUUUGGAGAGCCCAAGUCUUGGUAUGCAAUACCGCCGGAACAUGGAAAACGACUUGAAAGACUGGCUCAAGGUUUUUUCCCUACCAGUUCUCAAGGGUGUGAUGCAUUUCUUCGCCACAAGAUGACGCUGAUAUCUCCUUUAGUAUUAAAGAAAUACGGUAUUCCCUUUGACAAGAUCACCCAGGAGGCUGGAGAAUUUAUGAUCACUUUCCCAUAUGGCUACCAUGCUGGUUUUAAUCAUGGUUUCAACUGUGCAGAAUCUACAAAUUUUGCUACUGUAAGAUGGAUUGACUAUGGAAAAGUUGCUAAAUUGUGCACCUGCAGGAAAGACAUGGUGAAAAUUUCAAUGGAUAUUUUUGUGAGAAAAUUUCAGCCAGACAGAUACCAGCUUUGGAAGCAAGGAAAAGAUCUCUAUACAAUUGAUCACACAAAGCCAACUCCAGAAUCCACCCCUGAAGUAAAAGUGUGGCUGCAGAGGAGGAGGAAAGUAAGAAAAUCAUCCAAGAGCUUCCAAUGUUCAGGUUCCCAGUCUAAGAGGCCCAGGAAUGAUGAGGAAGAGGAUGAGGAGGUGUCAGCUGCAGUCAGUGGAGUUAAAGACUCCAGCCUUCACCUAAUCCCUGACCACCUUAACAUCAGUGAAAAGCCAGAAGCAGCACCUAAGUCGAGGAGCACAGAAAACCCUUCAGAGGAAGAGAUAUCUGCUAGCAAGAUACAGCUGGAUCCAAAUUUAUCAAAUAACACCAGACUCUCUGGAAACAACUAUUUAAAUGCAUCUCUAAUGGAAGAAAAUAAAACUGAGGAUGACGGGUCCUAUUCCACCACUUCACCUGCGGAUCCUAAUGAGAACGAGACAGUAGAGGGAGAGACUAAAACUGCUAAAAGUUGGCGUCAUCCACUUAGCAAGCCCCCGGCAAGGUCCCCAUUGACUCUGGUAAAACAGCAGGUGGCAAGCGAUGAAGAAUUGCCUGAGGCCCCAUCAACUGAGGAGGAAGUUGCAGAAACAGAGACUUGGGCAAAACCUCUUGUCCACCUCUGGCAGACCAAACCCAUCAAUUUUGUGGCUGAGCAAGAGUAUAAUGCCACCACGGCCAAAAUGGAGCCCUUCUGUGCCAUCUGUGCUCUCCUCAUGCCAUACUACAAGCCAGAUAGCAGCAAUGAAGAAAAUGAGGCUAGAUGGGAGACAAAAGUAGAUGAAGCAGUUACUUCUCGAGAAAAAACUAAGCCUCUCAUUCCAGAGAUGUGUUUUAUUUAUAGUGAAGAAAACAUAGACUAUUCUCCACCCAGUGCCUUCCUAGAAGAGGAUGGAACCAGUCUUCUGAUUUCCUGUGCAAAGUGCUAUGUACAGGUUCAUGCAAGUUGUUAUGGUAUCCCUUCUCAUGAAAUCUGUGAUGGAUGGCUAUGUGCUCGGUGCAAAAGAAAUGCAUGGACAGCAGAAUGUUGCCUCUGCAAUUUGCGAGGGGGUGCUCUUAAGCAAACUAAGAACAAUAAGUGGGCCCAUAUCAUGUGUGCAGUUGCAGUCCCUGAAGUUCAAUUCACUAAUGUUCCAGAAAGAACACAAAUAGAUGUAGACAGAAUACCUUUACAGAGAUUAAAAUUGAAAUGCAUCUUCUGCAGACACCGGGUUAAGAAGGUUUCUGGAGCCUGCAUCCAGUGUUCCUAUGGUCGCUGUCCAGCCUCCUUUCAUGUCACAUGUGCUCAUGCUGCUGGGGUGCUGAUGGAGCCUGAUGAUUGGCCAUAUGUGGUAAACAUAACCUGUUUUCGACAUAAGGUCAACCCAAAUGUGAAGUCCAAACCUGGUGAAAAGGGCAUCUGCAUAGGGCAGACAGUCAUCACCAAGCACCGGAACACCCGCUAUUACAGCUGCAGAGUGAUUGCUGUUACCUCACAGACCUUCUAUGAGGUUGUGUUUGAUGAUGGCUCCUUCAGCAGAGACACUUUCCCUGAGGAUAUCGUGAGCCGAGACUGUGUGAAGCUGGGCCCUCCCUCUGAGGGAGAAGUUGUCCAAGUCAAAUGGCCUGAUGGGAAACUGUAUGGGGCAAAAUAUCUUGGCUCAAAUGUCGCCCACAUGUACCAGGUUGAAUUUGAAGAUGGAUCUCAGAUAGCAAUGAAGAGAGAGGACAUCUAUACUUUAGAUGAAGAGUUACCCAAGAGAGUGAAAGCACGUUUUUCCACAGCCUCUGAUAUGCGAUUUGAAGACACAUUUUAUGGAGCCGACAUAAUCCAAGGGGAGAAAAAGAGGCAGCGAGUGCUGAGUUCCAGGUUUAAGAAUGAGUAUGUGGAUGACCCAGUGUACCGCACUUUCUUGAAGAGCUCUUUCCAGAAGAAGUGUCCGAAGAGGCCAUAGUGAACUCUGCUGCAGAUCACAGAGCAUCUUGCGUUGGAAGAGACUAGAGGAAAGGACAGUUUGUGGACUGCACCAUGUAUUUUGCCUGGGGUAGGUAGGUGAUGGGAUGUGUCUCUGGCAUAGAAAUGCAUCUUUGUAGAGCUUGGCCACCAAAACCAUGUAGUGCACACAUGCUCUCAGUUGGAAGCAACUAUCUGAAGAUGUUUCCUAGCCUUGCUUUCACUUGGAAGCAACUGUCUUCUUAGAUCCCAAAGAAUUUUUCUAAGUAAAGGAAAUAGUGAACCGCUUAUGUAGGGGGAAAAAAGUCACUGCCUGAGAAAGAAAAAGGGUUUGUGUCCAGUGUAUAUGUGUGGCUCAAGCCCCUAGUCAUGUAUACUUCUUGCCCCCCAACUCCAGUAGCAGGAGCUGAGAUACUGGGGUGGAGGGAAGUGGGGAUCAUUUAUAUAUUUUCCACAGUCAGGGAAGAACUCUCACUUGUUUUAAACGGCAGUUUUUAUAAAACAUUUUUAAAACACAAAUGGCAUGCAAGGUAAUGAGAUUUACCCGUGUGCUAUCUGUAUUUCCCUUGUACAGAACUUUUCCAUUUUUUUAUAUCCCCUAUUACUUUUGAUUGUGUCUGACAAGAACUGAGUUGUUUGGCUUGUGUGGAAUUUUUGGCUCUUGAGAAAGAAUUCUUAUGAAUUGUAUGGGAAUUUUAUAUAUAUUUAAAGAGGGAGAUCUAGGGCAAUUAUUUUUAAACACUUUCUUUUCCUACUACAUCUUCUGAGUAGAUAUUUAUAAAAAAAAUAUGUUUCUUUGUUAUGUGUUUGUAAAAUUAGAGUUGAAAAAAAUAUGCUCUGAUGCAUAGUUUUGAACUAAUAGGAUUUUUCCUUUUUAAAUCUGCCUGAAAAAAUGUACUAGUAUUUAAAAAAUAAAGAUUUCCAUUUUCUCCAA